AUCUGAACCGCCUGAACCUCGCUCUCAACAAAAUCGACAGGACUCCAGUACGCCCUCAAGGACGAUCCUCAUCAUGUCCGGAACCAGGUUCUCAUACGUGAAGAAUUAUGAGCUACCAGAUCCGCUUCUUCCCGGAGCAUUUGUCGUGUUCCGACUUGACGGGCAUUCAUUUCAUCGGUUUUCUGAUCAGCACAAUUUCUCGAAACCGAAUGAUUUAAGAGCCUUGAAACUCAUGGACCGUGCCGCUGAAGCUUUGAUGGAGGAGUAUCCGGACAUCGUGCUGGGGUUUGGUGAAUCUGACGAGUACAGUUUUUUACUACGGAAGUCGACAGCACUUUAUAACCGCCGUCAAGCUAAGAUUGUCUCGACUCUGACAUCGUAUUUCACGUCUUGUUAUGUGUUUUAUUGGGCGGAAUACUUCCCAGACAAUCCUCUCAAAUAUCCCCCAUCGUUCGAUGGCAGACUCGUUCUGUAUCCGGGCGAAAAAGAAACCAGAGAUUACUUUUCUUGGAGGCAGGCCGAUACUCAUAUCAAUAACUUAUACAAUACUGCCUUUUGGGCACUCGUGAACCAAGGAGGCCAGACGACAACUGAAGCACACGCUACGCUGCGGGGGACCGCCUCCAAAGAAAAGCAUGAACUCUUGUUCUCAAGGUUUGGAAUAAAUUACAACGACGUGGAUGCACGUUUCAGGAAGGGCAGCGUGAUUGUAAAAAUAGAUUUAUCAGAUGGCACGAACGCACCCGUUGAUGUCGCUCGAGUGGAAGAUCAGGCGACUGGCUCAGAAAACAUGGGGGAGAGGUUGGGGGAACGGACGCAGACAAAGAAACAGAGGAAGAGAAAGAACGCUACUAACAAAACGGGACUGGAAAUCCUCCAUUGCGAUAUAAUUUCGGAUUUGUUCUGGAACGAUCGCCCAAACAUUCUUAAUGAAUGACCUGAUUGCUGUACAAGCCUUAUUUUAUCAUUAUAUAGUAGAGAUCUCAAGUGAGGGUCAAUUCACGGGUGGUUAGAGC